AUGAUUAAUGAUUCCAAGACUGAGUUUAUGCUCACUGGGACGAAAGCGCAGCUACAGAAAACUAAAAGCUCCACUCUAACUAUUGGCGAAUCUAUCAUCUCUCCUAGCACGGAACCCCUUAGAAACUUAGGGGCCUGGUUUGACUGUAAUUUCAACCUGAAUUUUAACAUAACCAAAACUUGUAGGAGUGCUUUUUUUCAUCUACACAAUAUUAGACGCGUUAGAAAAUAUCUAAGCAUAGAAUCUGUCGAGAAAUUAGUGCACGCUUUCAUCACAAGCAGAUUAGACUAUUGUAACUCACUUUUAUACGGACUACCCCACUGCGCCCACACUAAACUGCAGCGUGCGUGUUCAAAACGCAGCUGCAAGAGUUCUAUAUCUAGCACCACGGUUUUGCCAUAUCACACCAAUAUUAUACGAAUUACACUGGCUGCCUGUGACGUUAGAAUAGAAUUUAAGGUUAUUAUAAUCACUCACAAAGCAAUCUAUGGAACAGCUCCUAAUUAUUUAUCAUCUCUCGUUAAUUUUAAACCUAAUUCUUCCUACAGCCUCAGAUCAAAUAACAAAUAUCUGCUUUCAAAUCCUAACUUUAGGACCCUCCCUACUCUGGGUGACCGAGCCUUUGUAGCCGCCGCACCAAAACUGUGGAAUAAUCUUCCGUUAGAUCUUAGAUGCACCUCCGAUUUUCAAGUUUUUAAACGUGAUUUGAAGACUCACCUUUUUAAAAAAGCCUUUUCUGAUAUAAUGUUGUAA